UUUGGACCCAUUUUACAAAAGGAGAUGAAAAAACCAAAGGUCAUUACGAAGCAACUUGUAAAUAUUGCCAUCAGAGAUGGGAUAGAGCUUAUCCUAGUAGAUUGGAAAUUCAUCUAGCAAAUCAAUGUAUUGAGUUUCAGCGUCCAUUUGUAGUUUCGACAACAAACCGCAGUUUUGACACAGUGAUUGAGUUUUGA